UUUAUGUUCGCGUCUUUUUUGGUUUUUUUCAACGCGGAGGCGUGGAGACCGAUGUCCCGGCACGGAGUGCAAAGAAAGAAACAGAAAGAAAGAAAAGCGCAUCUUUUCCUCUCUUGUUUGGAAAGUUUGCCCCGGGAAGUUUGGGCGCCUCCAAGACCCAUCAUCCCCGGGUCCUGCUGGGCAGGGGCUGAUGGGAACUGGAGGCCCAAGCCUCUCCCAGAGGGAGGGCCGAUGACCGUGACAGGCUGGAGGGAGGGAGGAGAGCCUCGCCGGGGCGCUUUUCCGGGAAGCGGCGGCGCUUCGAAAGCAGAAUGAUGGGAGACAGUCCAAACGUCUGGGUGGGGAGCGCUUACCUGUUUGUCCAGUCGACGUCGGAAAAGGUCCUUCUACCCAUGCUCUACGGAAACCCACAGCAGAAGCCAAGCGUCUUCAGGGCAUUCAAAAUGGCACUAGCAGACUCCACCGGUAGCCUCCAUGGGGUGGACGUGCUGAAGGUGUACUGUAGUGAACCUCACUUGAUCGUGCAACUCAAGUUCUCCAAGGAAGAGAACUGCCGGAGGUUUCUCCAAAGUUACCGCGAAGGAACGCUCCAGGACUCUCUCCAGAAGCAUCUCAAAAACACCUUGUCGAUGGCCAGCGUGGUCUCUGUGGAGACGGAGCUGAAAGCGGGUGCUGAAAAGCUGGACUCUAUGAUUCGGGAGGAGGACCGGUGCUUGGCGUGCAUCUACAAAGAGAAGCCUAACCGUCUCAGGGACGAGGAGAUAAUAGAGCUUGAAGAAUCGCUCCUGCACUUGAGUUGUUCUGAAGAAAGCAAGACCGACCACAGCAGCUCCUCGUCACCCCCUUGGUCUCUGAGUUCUUCCACUCCAUCUUCAAAUUCUUCGCUUCAGUCUCUGAAUUCUUCACCCCCGUCGUACAGUUCUUUGGAGAUUCCAGGCUCUUUGCCCCAGGCCGAUACUUUCAUCUUCCAGGACCAGCCGUUUGCCAACAGACGAAUCACACCGCAGGACCAUCAGAAGUUUGCCAAACUCGUCUCCAAGAAAUGGAAACAAGUGGGUCGGUCCCUGCAGGCCGGCUGCCGCGCGCUCCGGGAUCCCGUCAUCGACAACUUAGCCAUGGAGUACGAGAGGGAGGGCCUCUACGAACAGGCAUACCAAUUGCUCCGCAGGUUUAUCGACUCGGAGGGCAAAAGGGCCACCAUACAGAGACUCAUUGCUGCCUUGGAGGAUAACGGCCUCCUGAGCAUAGCAGAAGAGCUUCUGGGGGUCCACGAGAGUAAUCACAACGCGUAGGGGGAAAACCCUGGCUUCGGACAACUAGCCAGAGGACCUUGCUGUUGAAGACACUCAUGCAUCUAUGGAUUUCUUGACUGCACUUUAGGGAUCCAAGAGUAGAUCCCACACACACACACACACACAAAGGAACAAUAGCCCAAGCUGGAAUUGUUCCAAGGCAGAAACAGAAUUCCAGUUGGAAGGCCACCAUCUGCUUCGGGUCCAAAUAAGGAUGCUUUGGGGAAGGUGAAUACACUUAGGAAGCAGUGAGAAAAAUGGCAUCUUCUUAGCAGAAACUGUUGUAUGACGAGAUAUUUUGGAAGAUGGCCCCCGUCAGACAUCGGUUGUUAUUGAAAAUCCUUAUAGAAUCAUAGCUGCAAAACAAACAAAAAAAUCUGUCCACAUGGAGGACAGGGUAACUCACUGAGUUACAGUUAGCUCUUCCUGGUUUCAUAAUGUUUUCAUCUUUCAUGAACUGUAGCAUCCAUUUAUGUGCAUGAACAUGACUAUCCUUGGAUUAAUCACCUAGACUAGUCUAAGUCUCAUUAGCCUUCUGCAGGCAUUAAAAAAAAAUCAAAAGCAUGGAGGGACAGAUCUUUCACUCUUAAUCUUCCUGUUCGGACAGGGAAAAGUUAAUAGUUCUGCUCAUUCAGUUGAGUGAAGCCUCAGUAUUCAACAUUUGUUUCCUUCAUCCCUUCUCUCACUGAGUUUGAGAUUGUCAUACAAAACUUUGUACCAUUUUGGAUCACUCAGCACUAAAAUAUUAGAGAAAUGCCAAUUCAGUAAGUGUUAUAGCACUAUAACCCUAUAACGCUAGAUGUCAUCAUCCUGUUAAUACAGUCCAGAAUCAGUGUUUUAGUCUGAACUAAAAUAACAGUGCACUGCCACUUAAAUGGGUGUUAUAGUGCUACAACACUAAAAUGCAAAAUGUGUUCAUUAUAUCUUGCUUUUCUUCCAAUAAAGCAACCCAAGGCAACUUAUAAAACAUUUAAAAGACCAAUGUUUAGGACAGCUAAAAUACAUUACAGUGUGUAAAUGCUGUUAACCAUGUUUGCAUAGUUAAAUUUCUAAAUUAAAACUAUGUAGAACAACUUAAAAGCACACUUGAAAAGGCAAGAAAUACAAACUCCCCUAUAAAAACUGGCCAGUUUAGAAGACAAAAUCUGUUCCUGAAGAACGACGACUUCUCUGGCAAUGGAAGGACUGCAGGGAGCGGGUCUAGGUGGUUUUCAUUGCUCUGAUUUUGCACAAGUAAUUUAAUACACUGCCUGUUAUUAACUGGUUUCAUUGUCCUUCCAGGCAGGAAAAGGUUUUAGGGCCCUCUAGUGCCUAAUUCUGACAUUGCACACUGAAAAAUAUUUAUAAACAUGCAGAGGGCAAAAGAAAAGAAUACUUCCCUUGCCACUUGCAUGGCAUAAAACCUGAAAAAAGGCUGUAAAAAUGUACUUUAAGAUGUCCUUUUGAAAAUAAUGAGUCAUCAUCCCAGGUAACAUAGGUGCUACUUGUUAAACUGAAAAGUAACUAUGCUUAACUAGUCUGAAAUAAUGGACUUGAUCCACAAAAGCUCAUAUUAAAAUACAGCAGUUAGUCUUUAAGAUG